AUGAGAAACUCUUCACUUCACUACCUAAGACAUCAUCACAAAGCCAUCAUCACUUCCACCCACCAAUUCCUCCACUUGUUCUCCUCCUUACCUUCCCCUCUUCUCGAAUCGCAAAACACAUCUCUCCAUUCUCUUCCAAUCCAAACCCGGAGGCGUGCAUUAGUCUAUCUCUUACAACUAGGCCUUCCGAACAAACCCAAAACAAUCCACGCUCAGGUUCUCGCAUUGGGUUUUCGACAGGAUGUCUUCCUGUCCAAUCUUCUUCUUGAUUCGUACAAGAGAUGUGGGUUGAUUGUUUAUGCACGGAAGGUGUUUGAUACAAUGCCUGAGAGGAGCUCCGUCACUUGGUCCUCCAUGGUUUCGAUGUACGCCAAACAUGGCAAGAGUGAGGAAGCACUGUAUGUGUUCUCGGAGUUUCAUAGAAGCUCUGAUGGGAGGCCGAAUGAGUAUACGUUGCCUAGUGUUAUUCGGGCUUGUACGCAAUUAGGAGGUGCUGAUCAAGGCGCCCAAGUACAUUGUUUUGUUGUAAAGACUGGUUUUGAUAAGGAAGUCUUUGUGGGUACUUCUUUGAUUGAUUUUUAUGUGAAAAUGGGUGAUAUGGAGGAGGCGAGAUUGAUUUUUGAUGGGUUGGAUGUUAGAAGCGCGGUUACUUGGACUAUAGUCAUAGCAGGGAACGCGAAAAGUGGGAGGAGUGAGGAGGCUUUGGAACUGUUUUGUCGUAUGAGGGACAGUGAUGUUGUUCCGGAUAAAUAUGUGCUCUCUGCUCUUCUGACGGCAUGUUCUGCGCUCAAGUUUGUUGGAGGCGGCAAGCAGAUCCAUGCUUAUGCGCUGAGAAGGGGAACGGAAAUGGAUGUUCUGGUGGUUAAUGUACUAGUAGAUUUCUACACAAAGUGCAGUCAAGUCCAGGCGGGUCAGAAGCUAUUUGAUAAGAUGGUGGAUAAGGACCUUAUAUCAUGGACCACAAUGAUAGCAGGGUAUAUGCAGAACUCAAUGCACAUGGAGGCCGUUAAGCUAUUUUCUGACAUGACCAGAUCGGGUUGGAAGCCAGACGGAUAUGGGUGCAGUAGCAUUCUUACUUCAUGUGGUUCACUUGGGGCUCUAAAACAUGGGAGACAAGUGCACGCUUAUACUAUAAGGGGUGAUCUUGUCUGCGAAUAUUAUGUGAAGAAUAGUUUGAUUGAUAUGUAUGCAAAAUGUGAUUCACUGAACGACGCAAGAAGAGUUUUUGAUUCCAUGACUGAUCAUAAUGUGGUCUCUUACAAUGCAAUGAUUGAAGGAUACUCAAGACAGGAGAAGUUGGUUGAAGCUUUGGAUCUUUUCAAUCUGAUGAGGCUUAGAUUGGUCCGGCCUAGUAUCUUGACAUUUGUCAGUCUUCUUGGUGUCUCAGCUGCUUCAUUGACCUUGGAAUUAAGCAAGCAAAUCCAUGGGCUGACCACCAAGUACGGAUUAUCCUUGGAUGUUUUUGCGGGCAGCGCUCUCAUAGAUGUUUAUUCCAAGUGUUCAUGUAUUCAAGAAGCUAAACUUGUAUUCGAGGAAAUGAAUGAAAAAGACAUAGUAGUGUGGAAUGCAAUGUUUUGCGGAUACGCCCAACAGCUGGAUAGUGAAGAGGCUUUUAAGUUGUACUCAGAACUACAGGUAUCGAGACAAAUUCCUAAUGAGUUUACUUUUGCUUCCCUAAUCUCAGCAGCCAGCAACCUAGCAAGUAUCCAGCAUGGUCAAAAGUUUCACAGCCAGAUCAUUAGAAUUGGUCUUGAGAAUGAUCCUUUUGUCACAAAUGCCCUUGUGGAUAUGUAUUCCAAGUGUGGAAACAUUCACGAGGCUCACAAAAUAUUCGAUUCCAGAACUUUUAAAGAUGUUGCCUGUUGGAAUUCCAUUAUUUCAACGUAUGCUCAUCAUGGAGAAGCAGAAAAUGCUAUUUUGAUGUUUGAAAAAAUGAUGAAAGGGGGAUUAAAACCCAACUAUAUUACAUUUGUGGGUUUGCUAUCAGCUUGUAGCCAUGCAGGCCUUUUGGAAGACGGACUUCGUCACUUUGAAUCAAUGCCUUCGUUUGGAAUUGAACCAGGGAUAGACCAUUAUUCUUGCAUCGUUUCUCUCCUGGGACGUGCUGGUAAAUUAUAUGAAGCUAAGGAAUUUAUUGAGAAAAUGCCAAUGGAACCAGCAGCAAUUCUAUGGAGGAGUUUCCUGAGUGCAUGUACAGCUGCAGGUAAUGUUGAAUUGGGGAUCUAUGCAGCAGAGAUGACAAUUUUGAGUGAUCCAAAGGAUAGUGGAUCAUAUAUCUUACUUUCAAAUAUGUAUGCAGCUGAAGGUAUGUGGGAUGAUGUCAAGAGGGUGAGGGAAAAAAUGGAGUGUAAUGGUGUAGUAAAAGAAACUGGACGUAGUUGGGUUGGAGAGGUUGACAAGCCUAUUUACUGAAAAAUUAAAAGAGAUAAUUGUGAAACUCGUCUGAUUUUUUCAAUUUUAGCCAAUCUGACUACGCAGAUCAAAGGCAUUGGUUUUGUGCCUGAUACUACAGCAUGUAUGGUUCAUGCUUGAGCAAUCGUGCCAAGUGGAGCUGCCAACGGCAUGUGCGCCUGAACAACUAUGAAAAUAGACUUCACAGGUGCAUCUUUCUGAACUCUGAAGUGAAGAUUAUGCUCGACAUGCAAAAUGUUGGGCUACCUUUAGUCGAGAUAUUUAAGCUGGUGAAUCAAUCUAGGCUUUGAGUAAUGCAGAAGGUUUACCAUCUGAAUGUAAGUGCAUAUGUGCAAACAUAAUGGAGGAAGAUUCUUUGUUGGGAUUGAAACAUAAGUCGCAUUCAAGAAGCUGGUACAGACAUCACUGGAGCGGAUGAUUUGAUGAAAUACAGAGAUCACACCUAGUGGUAGUCCAAAAUAGAAAAGAUUGAUUCUAAUUGUGUACAUGCAUGAAGGUAUUAAAUGCAAGUUGAUGUUCUAUUUGCAGCUUAGAGAAUGAGAGAUACUUCAGCGGAGAAGUUCAAUUAUCAAGCAUGAUGGGAAAAGCAUUGGUAAAAUAUCAUUUCUUGAUGUUGUCUUCAUUGAAUUACUGUGAUUUAGUUUUCCAGAGGUUCUAGUUCUCCAAAGUUCAAAGUUGCAUCACUUGUGUGGAGUAUCACGUAUGGUAUGGCCUAUGGGUUUCUACCAUGUACUAUGAAGCGUAGUGUUACAAUGGAAGAGAAGUUCAGCCAUUUGAUUCAGAGUUUAUCAUGUACGCAACUUGGGGGGUGGGAGUCUGCAGCAAUGUUCGGAAGGACAACGUUCUUCUUGCCCAUGUCACCUGAAGUAGCAGUGUUUGCUCCAGUAUCAUGAGGCUAAACAAUUUUGUAUAUAUCUCCAUAAAACUGGACGUAGUUUCGAGGGGCAUUAUUUGAAGAGAUCAUUUGGAAGGAGUUGCUGAAAACUUAAAACUUAAAAGAGAUCAUUGUGAAACUGAUGUGAUCAUUUUCUUAGCCAAUCUGACUACGCAGAUCAAAGGCAUUGGUUUUGUGGCAGAUACUACAGCAUCGUGUCAAGUGGAGCUGCCAAUGGCAUGUGGUCCUGAACAACUAU